GACCAUCCGGCGCAUCACGUGACGGGUCGGCAGCGCUGGCGGUUGCUGUCAGCUGAUUCCACGGGUUGGUGGCAGCUGCAGCCGCGACGAUGGAGUUUCUCCUGGGGAACCCAUUCAGCUCUCCGGUGGGACAGCGCAUCGAGAAAGCUACAGAUGGCUCCCUGCACAGCGAGGACUGGGCCCUCAACAUGGAGAUCUGUGACAUCAUCAACGAGACGGAGGAAGGUCCCAAAGAUGCCUUUCGAGCAAUAAAGAAAAGAAUCGUGGGGAAUAAGAACUUCCACGAGGUGAUGCUGGCUCUCACGGUCUUGGAAACCUGCGUCAAGAACUGCGGGCACCGCUUCCACGUGCUGGUGGCUAGCCAGGACUUCGUGGAGGGCGUGCUUGUGAGGACCAUCCUGCCCAAGAACAACCCACCCACCAUCGUGCAUGACAAGGUGCUCAACCUCAUCCAGUCCUGGGCUGAUGCAUUCCGUAGCUCGCCCGAUUUGACAGGUGUUGUCGCCGUCUAUGAGGACCUGCGGAGGAAGGGCCUGGAGUUCCCGAUGACCGACCUAGACAUGCUGUCACCCAUCCACACACCCCAGAGGACUGUGUUCAGCUUGGAGACUCCAUCAGGACAGAAUUCUGUGGGCACUGACGCCAGCCACCAAGCGGACUCUAGCCAGCACACGGCUCCUCUGCCCACCCCGGCUGCACUCCCCAGCGACACACCCAUUGCACCAACCGCUGAACAGAUUGGGAAGCUGCGCAGCGAGCUGGAGAUGGUGAGUGGGAACGUGAGGGUGAUGUCGGAGAUGCUGACGGAGCUGGUGCCCACCCAGGCAGAGCCGGCAGACCUGGAGCUGCUACAGGAGCUCAACCGGACGUGCCGAGCCAUGCAGCAGCGGGUCCUGGAGCUCAUCCCCCGAAUCGCCAAUGAGCAGCUGACGGAGGAGCUGCUCAUUGUCAACGACAAUCUCAACAACGUGUUCCUGCGUCACGAACGGUUUGAGCGGUUCCGCACAGGCCAGACUGCCAAGGCCCCAAGUGAGGCGGAGGCGGAGGCGGCCACGGACCUGAUCGACAUGGGCCCUGACCCGGCCGCCACUGGCAACCUCUCGUCCCAGCUGGCAGGAAUGAACCUGGGCUCCAGCAGCGUGAGGGCUGGCCUGCAGUCUCUGGAGACCUCUGGCGGGCCGGAAGACGAAUUUGACAUGUUCGCGCUGACGCGGGGCAGCUCGCUGGCUGACCAACGGAAAGGGGUAAAAUAUGAAGCCCCCCAAGCUACAGACGGUCUGGCUGGAGCCCUGGACGCCCGACAGCAGAGCACUGGAGCGAUGGAAGGUGGCAGUGAGAAGCGCCUCAGUGACUGGAUGAUUCCCGUCACUCAGGCCUGCCUCAUGGAGGACAUCGAGCAGUGGCUGUCCACUGACGUGGGAAAUGAUGCGGAAGAGCCCAAGGGCGUCACCAGUGAAGAAUUUGACAAGUUCCUGGAAGAACGGGCCAAAGUGGCCGAUCGGUUGCCCAACCUCUCCAGCCCCUCAGCUGAGGGGCCCCCGGGCCCCCCUCCUGGCACCGCCCCUCGAAAGAAGUCCCAGGAGAAAGAUGACGACAUGCUGUUUGCCUUAUGAGUGGGGCCUGGCACCCUGUAGCCUGAACCCCGACUGCUCCCACAUCCCUUGGCUGGGGCCUCUCUCCGUCUUCAGUGUUAAAGCUGCUUUGGGGGUGGCUUGUUACCCACUUCUCUCCUCCUUGAGGCUGGGCCAUACUGUUUAGGGGUGUGGGGAGGCGGCCAGAUAAACUGGGGGAACAGGUCAGUACUAUGUUGGGAUCCUGGCCAGUCCUGCCACCUCCUCCACCCUAACCGACCACUACGACUUUGCUGAGACCCAGAAGGCCUGGCACAGACAGGCUGGCUGCUUGGUUGCCCAGGGUGAUGCUCCUUGCCCUGGGCGAUCCUGUCCCUGGACCCCGCUCCAGAGCCCACACUGCCAGUCGAGGCAAGGCUGGAGCUAGAAGCUUCUGUGGCAGCCUCUGUCCCUUUCCCGGCCCUGUCAUGGAGCCUGGAGGCUCUGCAGCUGUUGAGGGCAGGUCACAUUGCCCUCUGCUGAGCUGCACCCUGUCCAGGGAUGAAGCUGCACAUGGUGGGGCACAGGGGAGGCUUUGAGGGGUGCCUGGAGCACCUGUGGUCCCCACAAUCUCCACUGCCUUUUUCUCCAUCCUUCCUCUUCUGCUGGGCAUGGGCCCACCUAUCUGUUGUUCAAUCCUCUUAUACCGGGAGAGGUGCCUUUUGUAUCCCUAAUUAAAGGUAGAAAACCA